CGGGUUUUCUCGACGGCAAAAAAACCGCACCUCGCCGCCGGCACGAGCCGCUGUCGAGUCGGAAAAACGAGAGAAAUAUUCAGGCGUCGAGAGAAAAUUCGUUAGCAGAUAGAUAUGGUUUUGGCGCGGGUUUGGCGCGCGUUUUUCGCGUCGGUUUGGGAAAUUUGAAUUCGGGCGGCGGCGCGCACCGCCCCCGACGCGCCAAUCAGGCGGCGGCGUCGAUUCGAUUGGCGGCUGGAGAUGAAGGAUUUUUAAACGUUUUACAGUGCACGUUUUUGUGUGUAUAUGUUGUUGGUUUUUGUAGACGGAGCGAUAAGGUGGAGGAAAAAACUGCUGGAAAAAGUCGCUGGAAAAAAGUGUCGGAAGCAGGUUUUGUUCGAUAUUCGAGCGAACUUUUAGUUGGUGUUUUACAUUUUCAAACUAUUGUGGUGUUUUGUGGUUGGAGAAUUAUAAGAAAUUAUUCAUAAUGAAUAUGUAUCCGUGGUAUCGGGACUCCGUCGGGGGUCAAUUAGGACAAUUAUGCGGGCCAAUGGCUACUACAAUUAAGACUGAGAACGGCUACAAUGACUGCAUGCUAGCUUUAGACUACGCCACACAGAGCAAGUUUAUACUUGACGCGUUUGGAAGACGGAGUAAUAAACACAUUAAUCAGCCGAAGUCCACCCGGGGUGUAAACGAGUCGCCGAUAUCACUCACUCCCCAUUGGCCGGCCUAA